CUGACUGCACUGUUCAAUGGUUAGGAUUAAUUGGAAUGUAUGAACCUGACUGUUGUGAAGUGCCUUGAGACGACAUGUGUUGUUAAUUGGCGCUAUAUAAAUAAACUGAAUUGAAUUGAUUUAGAAAUGGGCGAUAUGGAUUUGAUAUUUUCAAAACAAUAUUUUGUGGGAUUUAUUUAGAUAAGGAUAAAAUAGACAAUUGCAAUUGAUUGCAGAAUUUUCAAUAGAUUGAAGAGCUCUAACGUCCUAAUGUCACUGCAUUCAUUCAGAACCCUACAAAGAUAAAUACUGCACCUAAAAUCAGAACAUACCCAUUAUCAGAUGGGAUUACUUCUGUACACCAGUUACAAUGAGUAGUGUAAUUUUAUCGCUAAACUGCAAACAAUAACUGCUUUCAGUUCAUUUAUUUUAAUAUAGUGAUAUUUAUUAAUGCUCCCACGGAACCAGGAAUGGAAAAAUAGUGAAAGUAACAAACCCAACCAAACUGUUAGUUUUUCUUGUUUCCAAACAUCAUCUAGAUGUUCUUGUUAUCACAAGUCAAGUCUUUUCAAUAAUAGUGCUGUGUUGGUCUGUCACAUAAAAUCCUAAUGAAAUACACUGAAGUUGGCGAUAAUAAUGUGACAAAAUGGGAAACACUUCAAAGGGGUGUGAAUAGUUUAGCAAGGUGCUGUGUAUAUCAUUUUCAUAUUAUUUAAUUCAUUUUGGAGAAAACAAAAGUAACUUUCUUCUCUUUUAACCAAAACAUUUCUCUCCAGUGAUAAAUGUACAUUUAAUUUCAUUAGUCUUGUUAUACUCAGGUAUAAUUGUAACCAUGGGAACAGUCAUUUUGCCUUAACUGCUGUUAUAUUUUUUCAGACAAACAAAAGACCAAAAAUGAAACUGAAUGUGUUCUUGUCUCUUUUCAUUAGAUGGCUUUCGCGGACCAUUUUGUAGAUCUUAUAGAAGUAAAAAGAAAAAAAACACAGCACUCACUUUCUUGGUAGUUUUUGACAUACUUGUCAUAUUUUUUUGUAUAAUCCUGUAGCUAACAAAAUUACCUUAGAGUUGUUAAACUCAGCACCAGAAAUAUACCUGUACCUCACUGUUGUCAAGAUUGCACACUAAGGCCUAUUUCAUUUGUACCUAAAUGCUUUAUGAUGUAAAACAUUGUGAAUGUUGCUUAUCGAUGACCUGUGUGGAGACUGAGAGCUGAUGAAAGAGAAAUCUGUUGGCUCUAACUUUUUAAGUCAUGCUUUAAUUUUUUGGCAUGUUAUUGAGAAUGACUGGAAGCUCAGUCACCUACUGAUGAUGAUGAUGAUGUCUGCCUUUAUUCUUUAAGUGUACAUCUUUGUAACCCUUUAAGUGUUCUUCAGAGCUCAUAAAUCACUUUUGGCAUCUCAUGUUCAAAGUUUGUAGUUUUAUUGGGCAAUAAAAGCAAAUGUAGAUCACUGCCUGACCAUUAUUGAUCUCCCCCAGCUAAGUCGGAAUCAACACUGUAUUGUGGACAGAAAGUAACAUUUAGAUUUACUUCUUAUUAUCAUGUAAUAAUGUGCAUACAAACUAUUUCAGCAUAUUUUCUGAUGCUGUGGUUUAAAUUCAUAAACAGAAUUUCUUCUCACUUUUAAAUCUAGGCAGAUAUAUCAGCACACUGAUUGUAUAUUAACUGGUCACAACUGAAAAUAUAACUCACUGAUUCUGAGCUAUUACAUCAUUCUAUAUUUCACAAGUCAAACGAUCAGUGUCAGUUUUCCUUAUUUUUCCUUUCAGGACUUUUCUUACAAGGCCCUGAUUUUCCUGUCCAAGCCGCAGACAUCAGGACCAAUCAGGGCUGCUCUUUAGUGUUGCCUAGAGACGGUGAAAAUGUUACCGUGGCCUCCUUAAAUUCAACCAUUUAUAUUAUUUCACUGAGUAUAUCUGUUCCAGAGUGCACUAGCUAGGAUUUUUACAGGAAUGAAAGGAUCAGGUCUCUGAGUCCUGUCAAAGUGGAACAGUAGCAUCGGUGUGCUGAGGCAGACAUUUAAAGUAACCUUUGUGAGAAGAGAAUCAUUCUGCACCUGUCCUUCAGACAGACCAGGGUCCCCCAGCAUUUUAUGGAAGCUAUGAAACGCAUUUCAGGAACAUCUGACGUGCCUCGCAAGACUCAGCCACAGAACGCUGCAGAGGACAAUUCUGUUGAUAAAUGGAAAUCUUCAUUCCAGCCGAUUAAUAAACAGGAUGAGAACUCCGAGGACAAAAGUCCAAGUGAUGCUAUGAGCUUGGAAAACUACAUUUUUUCAAGGACUGAACUUUAUGACCCCAACAGCCCUCUGUCAUCAGAUAAUGAGGCUGGGACUUUACAAGCUCAAGACUGCCAGCUGUCCCCUUCAACUCAGGAUAACAGCCUGAGAUGCCAGGGUCUGUCUCCAGACAGGGACAGCAGGCACUGGGAGUUGUCUUUUCCUGAGACUGCAAACCGUCCGCUCGAAAGACAGGAGUUUGUGCCGGCAGCCAGACCAACAGAGAGCCGAGAUUUGAGUCCUGGGCGUAUUCUGCCUAAAAGCCGUACUUAUAGCCCAGAAAGUAAACGACUUGAGUGUCCAGGUUACGAAUUCCCAAGUGGACACUUGGAGCCAAGAGUUCACACUCCUGACAGACUUCAUGGGUCUUCCACUCAGUGUAUUCCUGAAUCCUUCAGAGGAACAGGGACCAAUGGAGAGGAUGGAAUACCACUUCCUGAAUAUCCAAGAGAGAUGACUGCUACUCUCAGGGUAUCCCCACCUAGGUUAAAGCGAGAUCAUCAACAACUGGGAUAUGUAGAAAGAGGACUUGAUCAAGAGCCACCUCCUCCGAAGCUGACAAGGAUUAAGGGGGAAAAUGCAAAACUGAACAAGUGCCCUAUCACCUGUGACCUUUGUGAUGUAGAGUUGUCCAAUGCACAGGAGCUGGAGGAACAUUUGGACAGCAAAAGCCACUGGGAUACACUGGAGCACAUCCAGCGAAGCAGUAAUUACGAUGAUAUGGCAGUAGCAUUUCUACAGGAAGUGAUGGUGUAUAAAAGCCAGCACUGCAGCCGAGCAGUAGAAGAAAAUGCAUUUCCAGGUCUACAGGAAAACCACCACAUGACGAAGGUGGAAAUGUUUCAUUGUGCAGCUUGUAAAGUCCAUGUGUCCACAUCUGCAGCUGAAGUGGAGGCUCACAUCUCCUCACUGGAACACCUUUCUAAUACAAAGGAAUUUGAAGAGCAGCAGAGACAUUCCUGCCUCAGCAAAGCAGAAGCCAUGCUCAAGAAGCUACAACCCCAGUUUGAACUGUUCAUAAAGCUGCACGAUCAAGCAUGGCCUGCAGCCACGAGCACCUGUCCAGAGAGAGGUAAACUGCGACUGGACCUCUGUAAAGCCAUGUCAAUGGAUGUUGGGCUAAUAUUUCUGAGCCUCAAGGGAUGGUGUCACAGGGAGCCUGCCCAUUUGAAUGACAGUCUCCAAGUUAUGGCUAAGGACCUCCUCAGCUCAAGCACACUGAACUCAACAGUAACAGUACCAUCUAUAUGGACUAUCGGUACUCAUGUAUAUCACUUCCACAUCUCGUCAAUAAAAUACUUAUUUUAAUGUUCUGUUUCUGUUCUGCUUCAUAAGAAAAAUGAAAAAAAGUCAGGGUUGGUUUUUCUGUUUUUUUUUAUUUAGAACAACACAAAUGUUUACACAUUGUAUCUGUGAUAUAGUACAUUUCAAAUUAAAUUAUUUCAAAACCGUAUAUUGAAACAUUAAAUAUAGGUAACAUGAAAGAAGGGCAUGUUCGGCAUGGGUUGUGCGCAUUACUUUUUUUUUUUUCCUUACUUACUUUUAGAUUUUACUGUAUUUAGUUAAAAACAAUGCAGUUACUGAAAUUUUAUAAAACACUUUAUUUGUAUUAAAAAUGUUGCAGCCUU